AUGGCAUUCUAUGCUAGUGUAAGUCGGUCCUUGAGUUCAUUCGAGCAUGAAGUCCCUUUCUUGGAGCAUCUCAUCAAUACUAAAGUUGACGAGUGCCAUGCGGUUCAUAUUACAACAAGGGUGGUGGUUCAUGUCCAUAGACAAUACGAGAAUGGGGAGUGCUUUGUGGUCUGUGUGAAAGGUCGUAUUAUACUAGAAUUCAGCCCGGUGAAUCCAUCUAGACCAAUCCUUGGGUUUGCCACUAGCAAAGCAAUCGAUGACUCUUUUAUAAGUCUUCGAGGAAUCCCCAUGUCCCCCAAUGGGAUUACAAUGGAACUCGACAAGGAUUUUCGAAAUCAAUGGGGAAGCUCGAAGGAGUACUACUGUUGUUUGAAGCAAAUCAAGUUGUUCUUAAUGAACCGAGCUUGGUUUGGCGUUAAGAUCGACGAGCAUGUCCCGCAUAAUUAG